AUGUCUCUCAUCAAUGUCCGCCGCGAUGUCAGCGACGCCUUCUAUCGCUACAAGAUGGAGCGCCUGCAGACCAAGAUUGAGGGCAAGGGCAACGGCAUCAAGACCGUCGUCGUCAACCUGCCCAGCGUUGCUGCCUCUCUGGCCCGCCCGCCUUCGUACCUCAACAAGUACUUCGGCUUCGAGCUUGGUGCCAUGACAAACAAUGACCCCAAGGACGAUCGUUGGAUCAUCAAUGGAGCUCACGAGUCUGCCAAACUCCAGGACCACCUAGACGGCUUCAUCAACAAGUUUGUCCUCUGCAAGAAGUGCAAGAACCCAGAGACUGACGUCAGUAUCAACAACGACCACAUCAUUCUCGAUUGCAAGGCUUGUGGCCAGCGCACUGAUGUCGACCUCCGCCUAAAGCUCAGCGGCUACAUCCUCAAGAACCAGCCCAACAAGAAGGGCAAGAUGGACAAGGCUGAGCGCCGAGCUGCUAAGAAGGCUAAGCAGCAGAACGGCAAUGCUGGCAAGGAGAAUGCCAGCGACGACGAGUUCCAAAAGUUGCAAGCCGCUGCACCUGAAGAUGCCGACAUUGAGGUCAAGGACGACGAAUGGGCUGUCGACAUGAGCGAGGAGGCUGUCAAGGCCCGUCAGGCUUCGCUCCCUGGCGAGUUCAAGCAGAAACUCAGCCUCAACGACGAUGACGACGAGGAUGGCGAGGGAGGCGGCAACACCCCCUAUGACGACCUUGGGAACUGGAUCCAGGCCGAGGCCGAUGCCAAGGGUGGAAUUGACAAGAUUGACUCGAUUCAAGUCUACCUCCAGGCCAAAGCACUAGGCAUCGAAGGCAAACAUCGAACCGUCAUGGUUCUUGCCCAGACUCUGUUCGACAAGAACAUUUGCGAUCAGAUCUCGAAGCUCGCCAGCAUGCUCAAGCAGUUGAUCACCUCUGAGCGCCACGAGAAAGCAUUCCUCGGUGGGACCGAGCGCCUCAUUGGUAAAAUCUUCAGUGAGGAUGAUUCGGGAAUGUCGCAGCAGGUUGUCAAGAUCUUACAGCUCUACUACCACCACGAUCUCGUGAGCGAGGAUGUCAUCAAGAAAUGGGGCUCCAAGGCCAGCAAGAAGUACACGGACCUCUCCACGUCGAGGAAGAUCCGCAAGGCUGCCGAGCCCUUCCUCAAGUGGCUCGACGAGGCUGACGAGGAAGAGUCUUCGGAUGAGGACUAA